GGUCGCCCGGAACCUGGGCGCCCUGGCGGGAUUCCCGGGGUGCACGUGGGUUUGGGAGAAGGAGCCUAGCCCGCGGGGAGGGGCGGCCUUGCCCGGCUGGGCGUUGCGGGAAUUGGUGUCAUCUGGGACCCAUCCCGAAGCUCCACCGGGCUGCGCGGUCUCCUUUCUGCUCUUACCCAAACCUUUCCUCAGUGACCUUGGGGUCAGUUGGGGAUUUUUUUUUGUACUUGGCUUGGAUGCCUUCUGCCCCCCGCCCCGCCCUCUUGGGCUUCGUUUCUUCCAGGGCCCUGAAAUGGGAUGCCGGGUCUCCGGGGGGGAGGGGAAGGAGAAGGGCGACUGCAAACCGGAGAGGUUACGUGAUUUGUCCAAGGUCACCCGGUUCGGGUGGGCGGGAGACUGGAUUGAACUCCGAACCUCAGAUUCCAAAUCUGGUGUUGCCUGCGCCCUCCCGUUGAAUUUCAAACCCUUUCAGGCCACAAGUAUUUAUCAGGUGACAGAUCCACAUAUCAAAAACAAUAUGGCUGCACAAAUAUCAGAAACUGAUCAAAUUAAACAGUUUAAAGAAUUUCUUGGAACUUACAAUAAACUCACAGAAACCUGUUUUCUGGAUUGUGUUAAAGACUUCACAACAAGAGAGGUCAAACCUGAAGAGUCUACCUGCUCAGAACACUGCCUACAAAAAUAUUUAAAAAUGACACAAAGAAUAUCCUUGAGAUUUCAAGAGUAUCAUAUUCAACAGAAUGAAGCUUUGGCUGCCAAAGCAGGACUCCUUGGCCAACCACGAUAGAAAAGUGUUAAUGGAUGGACCUUUCCUUAAAGCAUUGCCAACAGUUGUUUCAUUGGAAGUGAGAGUUCUUUUGAUCUUUAACUGUUGUGGAUAUUUUCACCAGCUGAUUGUGAGCAUUUUGCAAGUGGAAACCACUGAAGAAACAAAUGUGCUUCUUACCUGGAAUCAGCAAAGUACAGGAUCUUGUCUUAUUGUGCAGUGAAAAUAUUAAGAUGCAGUCUGUGUUGGGGCCUUACAAUUUCAACAGCCUGGCCACUUGAUUAGCAAAAUAAACCAUUGUUUCUUCAA